AUGUGCCUUGGUUACCAUGGUGUGGGCAGGAUAAAUGAAAAUGGGCAACGUUUACUUGAACUCUGUGCACAAAGAGAGCUAUGCAUCACAAACACCUAUUUUCAAGGAAAACACCGACACAAGGUUUCUUGGCGUCAUAUGAGGUCUGGUCAUUGGCACCAACUUGACCUUAUUAUCACCAGAAGACGUGAUCUACCAAGCGUUCUCCAUACUCGUACCUACCACAGUGCAGAUUGUGACACAGAUCACUCUCUUGUCAUCAGCAAAGUAAAGUUUCAACUACGGAAACUCCACACCUCCAAGCAUGAUGGUCUACCACGCAUUAAUAUUGCUGGUACAAAAAAUGAAGCUAAAUGCCAACAGUUUAUUGAAGCAAUGGAACAUUCACUACCUGCUGAAGGCCUGCAAGGAAAUGUAGAUGAAGUUUGGAAUACUAUAAGUUCCACCAUCUAUAAUAAGACUGCGGAAAAAACUUUCGGCAAAAACAGAAAAAUCAAUAAAGAUUGGUUUAGAGCCCACUCAGCAGAAAUGAUACCAGUCAUUGAAGCCAAGAAUGCAGCAUACCUCACACAUAAUCUAAACCCAACAGUAGGCACAUUUAAAGAACUAAAACUUGCAAAAGCUGUAGUUCAGAAGACAGCAAGGUACUGUGCAAACCAAUAUUGGAUCAAACUCUGUGAAGAAAUUCAGACAGCAUCUGAUAAAGGGGACCUUCGCACGAUGUAUGAAGGUAUCAAGAAGGCCAUUGGACCCACUAUCAUAAAAACCGCCCCUUUGAAAUCACUGGAUGGUGAAGUACUGACCGACAAGAAUAAACAGAUGUCUCGUUGGGUGGAACACUAUCUUGAGUUCUACUCUAGGGAAACUGAUAUCUCACAAGUUUCACUUGAUAUCCUACCUCAACUACCUGUUAUGGGUGAGCUGGAUCAACCUUCAGUACUUGAGCUGAGUCAAGCUAUCGAUUCUUUAGCAAAUGGAAAGGCACCUGGUAAGGAUGGAAUUCCAGCUGAAAUACUUAAAUGUGGAAAAGUAAGAAUAUUACCCCAUCUCUAUGAUCUCCUCCUCCUCUGUUGGCGGACAGAAACCAUCCCACAUGAUAUGCAGGAUGCAAACAUCAUCACUCUGUACAAAAAUAAAGGAGACCGCAGGGAUUGUAACAACUACCGCUGCAUAUCCCUCCUCAGCGUUACAGGAAAAGCCAUAGCUAAAGUUAAAGCACAUCUUGCUGAUCGCAUCUAUCCAGAGGCACAGUGUGGUUUCCGACCAUCAAGAUCUACAGUGGACAUGAUCUUUCCCCUCCGUCAACUGCAAGAAAAAUGCAGGGAACAGCAGAUGCCGCUAUUCAUUGCCUUUGUCGACCUUACAAAGGCGUUUCAUACAAUUAGUAGAGCAGGUCUGUACAAGAUCUUAGAGAAGAUUGGGUGUCCACCGAAGCUCCUUAAUCUCAUACACUCAUUUCAUAAACACAAGCAUGGUACUGUACAGUUUGAUGGCUCCACAUCUAAUAGCUUUGCGUUAAAGAGUGCAUGCUCCUCAAGUAUGCCUUUAAUGAUGAAUUUGAAGGAGUAUACCUGCAUACAAGAACAAGUGGCAAACUUUACAAUAUAUUCAGACUCAAAGCGAAGACUAAGGUAA